CCAACUGGAAUGUUUGGAAUGAAUUGUUCCAAACAUUGUCCAAAUGGUUCUUAUGGGGCUCUUUGUAGAUCCAAAUGUAAUUGCAAAUCCAGCGAAAUAUGUGACGCACAAAUAGGCUGUAAAGGUACCCUGCACUCCUCUGAAAUUAAAACACAGGUUGUCACAGAUUUCACUGGCAGUCAUGAGAAUACCACCAGCCUUCCUCUCCUUUCUCCAGUGUUUUAUCUGUCAUUGACAAUAUCAUUGGCUUCGAUAGUCAUCUGUGUCCUCAUAGGUACCACCAUUUAUUUCGCAAAAAGGUCAAAGAAAGGUGGUUGGAGUGUGUAUGCUUGUCCUCUUCCCUCAAAUUCUGUGACUAUGCAGGAACCACAACAAGAAGAUUACACUGUGAUACUAACAAACAGAGCGCAGCAAGCUUACUGA